AUGGGUUACAUGGUUUCCCAAAAAGGUGGAUAUGAUAAAGUGGGUUUUACUAGCAAAGAUUUACAUAACCACAUUAGUAAGACUAGGCGUGGCAAAGUGAAAAACGGUGAUGCAUUUGCUGCGUUGGCCUAUCUGUUUUCUAAGGCAGAUAGUGACCCGUUAUUUCUAGGAAAGUUCACCUUAAAGGAUGGUAGGUUGGAUAAUUUGGUGUGGGCUGAUGGAGAAAGCGUUGUUGAUUACGAAUGUUUUGGCGAUGUACUGGCUUUUGACACCACUUACAAGAAAAAUGUAUACAACAAGCCCUUAGUCAUAUUUUCAGGGACCAACCACUAUGGCCAGACGACUAUCUUUGGAUGCGCUCUGCUCUCAGAUGAAAAGUCUGAAACUUUCAAGUGGGCACUGAAGGAAUUUUUGGAAAUCAUGUCAGGAAAACUACCCGAAGGCGUUGUGACAGACGGAGACCGUGCUAUGAGAGAGGCUAUCUUAGAAGUAUUUCCUGGUAUACCACACCGCCUUUGUGCAUGGCAUCUCCAUCGUAAUGCGAGAUGGAAUGAGAUCAUAUCCAAAUACGGACUUGCCGAGAAUGAAUGGGUCCAGGUCAUUUAUAAUGACAGAAUGAAGUGGGCUACCGCAUAUUUGAGGGAGCACUUCUUUGGCCGCAUAAGAACUACAUCACAGUGUGAGGGAAUUCAUUCAUUAUUGAAGAACUAUGUUGACAGUAAAACCAGUCUCCUUGAAUUCAUGCAUAAAUUUAGUGAAGUACUAAGGCAUUACCGAAACAACCAUCUUACUGCUGACUUUGACACCUUUUAUAAGUUUCCUGUUUUGACUACGUGCUUGGAAAGUUUUGAGAAACAAGCUGCUGAACUUUAUACUAGAAAUAUUUUUAAACUUGUGAAAGAUGAGAUAGAAGCAGCAGGUGCUUUAAAUGUGACUGAAUGCCCAAACAGUGGAGACAUUGUUGAGUACAGCACGAGUGAGUAUUUUAAUCAGCAAUGGGAAUUUAAAGUGUCUUACAAUAAAGACAAGGACCUGUUUGCGUGUGAGUGCAGGCUAUUUGAGACUCGUGGACUACCGUGCUCCCACAUCUUUGGGGUCUUGAAGCAUCGCAAUGCAAAUUGCGUCCCUACAUCUCUUAUCCUGAAAAGAUGGACAAGAGAUGCAAAGAGUGAUUUUAUAUGCUCAAUUGGCGAGCAAGACGCCGCUGAUGAUAUAACGCCCACACUUAGACGCGGUGCAAUGGCAUCUAUUUGUUGGAAGCUUUGUGAUAUUUCUUCCAAAAAUUCAGCAGACUAUAGGGAAAUCUCAGGUGAGUUACUUAAGCUAAUUUCGAAGGUGCAAAAUAAAGGUGAUGCACAAGCGAGGCUUUCCCCCACUUCAGCACUAAUCGGUGAUCCAGCUGUUGUGAAGUCAAAAGGGGCUCCAAGAAAGGUUCCAAAAGGGAAAAAGAGGCGAAGAUGUUCGCGUUGUAAGUCAGGCAGGGUUAUGGAAGCAAGAAGUCUGUAUCUAAAUUGGCAGAGAGACCGAAGAUUAGAGCAAAUGGCAAAAAAAAAUCGACAGAAGACCGAAGAAAUCAGUCUAAGUGAAGAGACAUUAAAAGCUAAGACCAACACAUCAGGAAUAGAAGCGACCGAAGUUCCAGAUGCAGCCACAACCAAGAUACCAGGAUUGCCACAGUAUCCUAUGCAUCAUUAUCCAGUGGUCCUUCCUUAUCAACCUUAUGGUGGAGUCCUCCCUAUUCCUUUUCAUCCUGUUCCAAAUGGCAUGGCGUAUUUCAACCAAUAUCCUUCUACUGCCGGAAUUACAUCAUAUCCUCAGUUUUUGCAUGUCUCGUCGUAUUCUAGUCGACCCCGUGAUAGCAAUACAUAG